CUGCCUGAAACAGUGCCCGCCUGCGUGCCAGUGUGAGGAGGAUGGCAUCCUACUGCUCGUGGACUGCUCCGAACAAGGACUAUCCAGUGUGCCAGCUGACCUAAGUCCUUUGACGUCUUACCUGGAUCUCAGUAUGAACAACAUCAGCGAGAUUCAGCCCAACGCUUUCCACAACCUGCACUUCCUCAGUGAACUGAGACUCUCGGGCAACCACCUGAGACACAUCCCUGGCCCCGUGUUCCAAGGCCUCUACAACCUCAAAGUCCUGAUGUUGCAGAAUAACCAGUUGGAGAGAUUGCCCAGCGAAGACCCUUGGGAAUUACCCAAUUUGCUUUCUCUGCGUCUGGAUGCCAACCUGAUUAUGGAGGUGCCAGCAAGGACCCUCUCGGGUAUGCGGUCCCUGCGGCACUUGUGGCUUGAUGACAAUGCCCUGACAGAGAUCCCAGUAAGCGCCCUCAAUGACCUCUCUUCGCUCCAGGCUAUGACCCUUGCCCUAAACCGCAUCACCCACAUCCCAGACUAUGCCUUCAGGAACCUUUCCAACCUAGUUGUGCUGCAUCUUCAUAACAACAUGAUCCAGACCCUCGGACAGAACUGCUUUGAGGGACUGCACAGCCUCGAGACUCUGGAACUGAACUUCAAUGACCUUCAAGAGUUCCCCGUGGCCAUUCGCACACUCGCCAAGCUUCAGGAACUGGGCUUCCACAACAACAACAUUAAGGCCAUUCCUGAGAGAGCGUUUGUGGGGAACCCACUUCUGCAGACCAUUCAUUUCUACGAGAACCCCAUUCAGUUUGUUGGCAGAUCAGCAUUUCAGUUCUUGCCAAAGUUACACACGCUCUCUUUGAACGGGGCCACUGAGAUCCGAGAGUUUCCCGAUUUGAAAGGAACCACCAGCCUGCAAGUACUUACACUGACCCGAGCUGGACUGACCGGACUGCCAUAUGAUCUCUGCCACCUGCUGCCUAAAUUAAGAGUGCUGGAGCUGUCGCACAAUGCCAUCGAAGAGCUGCCGAGUUUCUAUCACUGUGCCUCUCUUCAGGAGAUAGGCCUGCAGCACAAUCUGAUCAAACAGAUUGAGAUGAACACAUUCCAACAGCUCGGCUCUCUGCGUUCACUGGAUCUAAGCUGGAACAGGAUCAACACCAUCCACCCUGAUGCCUUUUCCUCUCUUCAGUCGCUCAUUAAACUAGAUCUCACUGGGAACCGCUUGAGCAGUCUCCCGCUUACUGGGCUAACAAGUCUCACUCACCUAAAACUGAAAGGAAACAUGGCACUCUCGCAUACCUUCAGAGAGGAAGACUUCCCCAACAUAAGGGUCAUUGAGAUGCCAUAUGCCUAUCAGUGCUGUGUUUUUGGAGCCUGCAACAGCUACAAAGCAGCCAGUCAGUGGGAAGAACAGAUGGGCAGUGAAGAGGAAGAUCUCCAGAAGAAAGCUCUGUCCCUGUUCCCCAUUCACACCGACAACAACUAUGACCUUGACUUAGAGGAAUUCCAGUUAGCUAUUGAAGAAUCCAAACUACAAACCAGCAUACAGUGUACCCCCAUCCCAGGUCCAUUUAAACCGUGCGAUAACCUGUUUGACAGUUGGGUGGUACGGCUUGGCAUGUGGCUCAUCUCUUUGGUCUCGCUGAUGGGAAACAGCAUUCUCCUCAUGACAGUCUUUGUCCCCAGCUAUCUCUCUCCUGUUAAAUUCAUCAUCGGCACCAUCAGUGGUGCCAACCUGCUUACAGGCCUUUGCACCGGCACCCUGGCACUGGUUGACGCCCGGACAUUCGGAGAGUUCGCCCUGCAUGGUGCUCAAUGGGAAAUGGGUGCAGGAUGCCAAACAACAGGCUUCCUUUCAGUUCUAGCCUCGGAGGGCUCCAUACUCUUCUUGACCUUGGCUGCAGUGCAGUGUAGCGUGUCUGUGUCCUGUGCUCGAGCCUAUGGAAAGUCGCCCUCUCUGGGAAGUGUGCGAGCUGCUGCAGUGGCAUGCUUGGCACUUUCGUUUGCAGUCGCCGCUUUGCCACUAAUUGGGGUCGGAGAGUACGGAGCAACUCCGUUCUGCAUGCCCUCACCACUCCCGGAUGGCGAACCUUCCACGUUGGGUUUCAUGGUAGCUCUGAUAAUGAUGAACUCCUUGUGUUUCCUGGUGAUCACCGGAACUUACAUCAAGUUGUACUGGGACCUGAUGAAGGGCGACUUUGACAGUAUUUGGGAUUGCGCCAUGAUCAAGCACGUAGCCUGGCUCAUCUUCACCAAUUGCCUGCUCUACUGCCCAGUGGCCUUCCUCACCUUCUCCUCUCUUCUGGGACUCUUUCCUGUGAGUGAGGAGGUUGUCAAAUCAGUGGUCCUGGUGCUUCUGCCUCUUCCUGCGUGCAUCAAUCCCUUGCUCUACCUUCUCUUCAAUCCACACUUCCGUGAAGAUGCGCGUCUGCUUUUGAGCAGAGCUCACCUCCAUCACGACCGCAACCUGGAUUCUUUCGUCUCUGUUGACACGGAGAAAAGCUCAUAUGACUCCACUCAAGCCUUGGUGUCCUUUGCCGCUGAAACAGAUGCUGCUUUCGAGAGCUCAUCAGCACCAAAACCAGAGACGGUCGCCAGGUUUUCUUGCCCACCCUCAGUGCCUCUCAUCCAAUGCCAGAUGCAGAUGAAACCCUCAACAGAAAGGGAUAACGUUGCAGAGAACCUGGUCAGGUCAACACCAGGACUCAUUGUCAAAGAGCAGGAGCACCUUAGGAGCAGUGGACAGGACACUCAUAAUGGAACCUCCUUCUCUGGAGUCUACCACUCCACGCAUCUCUCAACUCAUUCUUAAGUCUUCUCCUAAACUCUAAAGUUGUAAAGGACCCUUUGAGUGUGAGAAGUCAUGAGCCCACAUAUGAACUGACCCUUAAAACCUUCAGAGCUAAUGAACAAUGAACUGUAUUUUGGGACUAUAUAUAACCAUACUGUCCCAACCGCUACAUGGCAUUAAAGGGAAAAAAAAGGAAAGAAAAGCCUAAUCGCAUUUUGUGACAUAAUCUUGUGGGCCAUUUAGUAAUUUAAGCAACAAUCUUCAAAUGUUAAAAAAAUCUGCAUUUAUUUUUUGUAACUUGUUUGUGUAACUUGAUUUAAAGGAGUGUUCUGGGUUUAACAUCAUGUCCAUGCAUUGAUGAUUUUCACAGAAAAUUAUUUCUUUUUUGUUAAUGUACAUACAAUGUAAGUCUACGAGGCAAAGUACUGCACCUGCAUAAAAACUCAAAUUCACAAUUCUUGUUGUUUUGAACCUGGAACAUUCCUUUAAUUAGUGAAUAUCAUAGGGAUGUUUGUUGAUGUACAAGGAGUUAUGCAUCAAAAUAUUUCAAUGUAAAAAAAUGUCUCAAAAAGCUCAAUUCUUAUGUACACAAACUUUUAUGCAUUCAUUUCCAAGUGUGUAUAUAUCAAAGUCUUGUUAAUUAUUUGCAAGUCAUCACUUGCUUACAUGCCCCUAGGGAAUUAAAAAAAAUAUGGGAAGGUAAAUACCUUUGUAUAUUGUCAAGUAAUAUUUAAUGUCUUGAAAACAACAACAGCAAAAACAUCAUGCAAACAGGUGCUAAAACAUGCUGCCAUAAACAUACUCUCUGCAAGUACAUUGAAGGGUUUGUGGUGUUAAUUCAGGUAGUCAACUAAAAACGUGUUGACAGCUAAUUUUAACCAAUUAAUGACUGUUGCCUCACCAUGACAGAAGCAACAAUGCACCACAGGAGACGAGACAUUAAGCAAAUUUAACAUUACAACUUUACAAUCAAAUGAAAGCUUUUGCAUCCAUGUACUUGCAUAGCCUAUGUUUGAGCUUCACAAUGUCUUUUUUUCCCCAAGUCCACAGGAUUAAGGUAGAGCAAAACAUGAAAUAUAUCGAACAUGUUGACGCUAUAAACUGAAGAUUCAAAAGAACUAUGAGUGGUUUGAUUAGGUUGUAAUAAAGCUUGGUCAGGAUCUUUUACAGAUUGUAAAGUAGGCUAGCUAUCGUAUUGUAAAAUAUAACUACCUCUGAUCUAGCAUGCUAUACCUUUUUAUCCUUAUUGAUUUCUAUUCUUUUUAUAUUAAAUGUAUAUUAAAAUGUAAUUUUUAUAUUGAAAUUUUAAGAUCUUUGUACAACAGACACUAUUCUGGAUGUAAAUAUUUUCAUAUUUCUGUAUACAUGUGAUAAAGAAUGAUUUAAUAAAGUUAUUAGUUUCAUAAAUGUAUGUCUUGAAGACUACUGAACGAUUCAGGGAGAUAUGAAUGUAAAAACAGUCAAAGGUACUUUACAUUUUCAUUAACGAUAAACAUCAAAUCCU